UCAAGGCAAAACCCGUUUCUGACAUGCACUUUGAUAAAUCACCAAAGGAGAAGCCGUGUUGCACUCUGCCCACAGUGAAGAAGCUCUUGGAAGAGAAGAGGAGGCGUGAGUCGUCAUCUGUGUCCCCGUCCUGCCCUGCAGCGAGCACAAGUCCUGGUCCCUCUAACACUGUGACACAGUUGUCCUCGUCAGAAGUAUUUACCUGUACAGGUGCAUCAUCAAGCAGCUACACCGACAUGGCAGUGAGCUUUGAGCCGUGGACCCAAGCACCAGAGCCGACUCUCGGUUACUAUGGCAGCCACCCAGGACCCAGCUUCGCUCCAGCCUUCAGCCUGGCCAUGUCCGAAUACAGCACACAGCAGCACCUCCCGGGAUUUGUAGACACAAUGACUCCGACAUACCAGGAUUGCCAGAUGCCAGUGACAGAUCCCACUUUGGCUUCAACUUGGUCACCUCUGGGUCUGAGUCAGAACGCACAGAUGAGUUUCGGUUCGUCGAUGGACGUCGCCAAACUGGCAGAGGCCAGGAUAAUGCUCAGCGGGAUGGAUUACAGCAGGACCACCGGGCAGGACGAGGACGGAGACACCAUCCUGCACAUCUACACUGCCAAGGGACUCCGGGAGUGUGCCUUCGCUGCUGCAGAGCGGCUGAGGGAGGUGGGGAAGCUGGAUGCCAAAGAACACAAGGGAAAGACUGCUUUACUGGUGGCAGUGACCGCAAACCAGCCGGACAUUGUACAAGAUUUACUGUCACUGGGAACGGACAUCAAUGCUUGUGAUGUUAAUGGCCAAACCGCCCUGCAUCUGGCCGUCCACUAUGGCUUCCCUGAGGUUCUGCAGGCUGUUCUGUCCAGCAGACCUGCCGCUAACCUUGAGGCCUGCAAUUUUGACGGAAUGACUCCUCUGCACUGUGCAGCCAUUUCUCACAGUGCCACCAUGAAGGCUUUGUCCACCACUGGUCUGGCGGACGUCGGUCUUCAGAGCAAGGCGGCGGAGAAGCUCUCCUGUGUGGAGAUGCUGCUCGGCGCCGGGGCGUCCCUGUGCAGCCAGGAAAUCAAAAGUAACAAGACUGUGCUGCACUUGGCUGUGAAGGAGGGGAACAUCGAUCUGGUGCGUUAUCUGCUGGUUCCCCUGCCAAACAUCAAAGCCUUUGUCAACAUGAAAGCGCAUGGUCACACGGCUUUACACAUGGCCGCUGGUCUCCAUGGUAACCCCCACCAAGAGGAGAUCCUGCAGCUGCUGCUGAGGAGAGGAGCUGAUCCCAGCAUCCGCAACCUGGAAAACGACCAGCCGGCUCACCUGCUGCAGAGCGGCCCCCGGGGGGAGCAGCUCAAGCUAAUGCUGAAGAAACGGAGCGCCUCCUCCCGUCGACGCUACAUGUCCUUGCAGGACCAGGAAUGAUUUAAAAACCACUUGUAAUCCUCGUUUGGAGGGAAUGCGAAUGUUUCCUCUGUUGAGAAGGGGAUUUACACUGUAUUGAGGUUCUGGGAGUCCCUGGCCAAUAAGUUGUUAAGGAAACCAGUUUGGCAAAUGAAUCCCUCGAUAUAAUUCACAUUGGAUUUGACAAAUGAUGCCUUAAUGCAUCAAGCUGAAAUUACCUGUGAUUUAGUGUCUGUGAGCAUGUCAUGCUUUAUUUAUUUCUCUACACACAGGCUUUGAGAAUUCCAAAACACUCCAUCAAACCUUUUCACAAGAUGCUCCUGCUAAAAUGUGGGACUAACAGAGACGUUAUUUAUCUGUUAGUCUUUGUGAUACUUCACAUUUUGAAAGAAAACAUGUUUUAUCUGAAGGGGCAGUGGAAAGUGGAGUAACAUUCGUUUUCUGAUCAGGCCACACUCCCAGUUUUAUGUUGAUUUCUGUGAAAUCGUUGGUUUGAGCCCCCCGGGGCCCACGUCCCUGAAACCCCUCUGACUCUCCUGUCAAAACCCCACCAUCAUGAUAAGUUCUCAUAUUGAUACACUGAGUGAUGGUUUCAGUUUCAGUCAGCAUGUGUGCUUAUGUUAAGAAUGCGUAUGCUAUAAAAAUGAGAAUACCUGAUCAUGUCAUAUAAUGUUCUGUCCGUAUGCAUCAUACUUCGCGUGGUAUAAUUUUCUUAAUGGAAGAAAAUAAACUUUACUGUGUAAAACUGUUUCUGAAUGUGGAAACCGAAUGAAUGAAGAUUGUUCUUUGUCAUCACAGUUGCACGAGUUAAUGCAGUGAACAUCUGUACAUUCUUUUCAUGAGUCAUGAAUAAAAGCCUGAUAACACUGUG